GCCUGCCGGGACUUUUUGGAGCUAGCCGAAGCCCACAGCAGGAAAUGGCAGCGGGCCCUCCAGCAUGAACGCGAGCAACGGAUCCGCCUCGAAGAGACCAUCGAGCAGUUGGCCAAGCAGCACAACAACCUAGAACGGGCGUGUCAGAGAGCGCCAACCCUCUCGGUGAACCCCGCGGCUCACGCCCCCCGAGGAGGAGGUGUGCAGAGUGUGAAAGCAGAAGCCAGUGAUGAAGAUGAGGAGACAGAAUACUUUGAUGCCAUGGAAGAGUCCCAUGCUUUCAUCACAGUAGCUGCAGAUCCAUCGAAACUUCACCGGCGCACCGGCAGCAACAUUAGUGGGACCAGCGAGGGUCGUUCUGAAGACUGGAACUUGGAUGAUAGCGUAUUUGAGAGUCAAAGUGGUCUUGAUGCUACAGGCAAGGAUGGUGCGUCCCAUAAGAAGAGGCGCAGUCGGAUUCCAGACAAGCCCAACUACAGCCUUAACCUUUGGAGCAUAAUGAAGAAUUGCAUUGGCAAAGAGCUGUCCAAGAUCCCCAUGCCUGUCAACUUCAAUGAACCCCUAUCUAUGCUGCAGAGGCUAACAGAGGACCUGGAGUAUCAUGAGCUGCUGGACAAAGCUGUCAAGUGCGAGAGCUCCAUCGAACAGAUGUGUUUUGUGGCUGCCUUUUCGGUGUCUUCCUACUCAACCACAGUCCAACGGACUGCCAAGCCCUUCAACCCACUUCUGGGUGAGACCUACGAACUGGACCGCUUGGAGGAGCUCGGCUUCCGCUCGCUCUGUGAGCAGGUGAGCCAUCACCCCCCGGCGGCAGCUCAUCACGUCUAUUCCCGGCGAGGCUGGACGCUGUGGCAGGAGAUCACCAUUGCCAGCAAGUUCCGAGGCAAAUACCUUUCCAUCAUGCCGCUGGGUGCCAUCCACCUAGAAUUCCACUCGAGCGGCAACCACUACGUCUGGCGGAAAGUGACGUCCACGGUUCACAAUAUUAUUGUGGGAAAGCUCUGGAUUGACCAGUCUGGUGACAUAGAAAUCCUCAACCAUAAAUCAAAAGACAAAUGCCAGCUGAAAUUCACACCCUACAGUUACUUCUCCAGAGACGUCCCCCGAAAGGUGACAGGUGUGGUUAUGGACGCCGAUGGCACCGAACACUACGUCAUGUCUGGCACGUGGGAUGAGAAGAUGGAGUGCUCGAAGAUCAUGCAAAGCAGCCAGGGAAACUCCAGUUCGGAAGGCAAGCUUCCGAAAACGGUCUACCAGACCUUGUCCCCCAAGGUCCUGUGGAAGAAAUACCCCCUUCCGGAGAACGCUGAAAGUAUGUACUUCUUCUCCAAACUGGCGCUGACCCUCAACGAACCGGAAGAGGGCGUUGCUCCUACGGACAGCCGCAUGAGACCCGACCAGAGGCUCAUGGAGAACGGCAGAUGGGAUGAAGCCAACGUGGAGAAGCAGCGGCUGGAGGAAAAGCAACGGGCCGUGCGCCGGCAGCGGGAAGCCGAAGCAGCAGAAGCACUAGAAACAGGCAAAGACUACGAAGGCUACAUCCCCCUCUGGUUUGAGAGGAAGGUGGACCCCAUGACGGGAGAGCUGAUCUGCAUUUACAAGGGCGGCUACUGGGAAAGCAAGGAGAAGCACGACUGGAGCCAAUGUCCCAGCAUCUUCUGAGCUGGGCUGGUGCUGCCCGGCGGAGCCUCUGCACCCUGUCGUGGGGCAGGAGGGCCGGCGGUCCAGCCCCCGGGCGGCCUCUUGGCCCCAGCACGCCUGUCGGAGAAACACGCAGAGCUUAAAAUAAAUCCAGAUUUAAAAACAAAAAACCCAAGCAAAGAAAGACAAAAAAGUAAGACAAGACAAACAGGGAUUCCAGAACCUAUUUUUAUGCACUAAUAAAAUGGCAUAUGAUUUUUUUAA